AUGAUUAGUGCUAUUAUUAAACACAAAAACACUACUGCAAUUUGGAUAAGUUUAAUAAUUACUCAAGCUUCUUGUGGAAAUGUUGGCAGCAAAUUUAAUUUACUUAUUUCUGUAGAAGUAAUUGUAAAACAAUCAUGGGUCUUAGUUAAAAAUUCUGAAACUAUAAAAGCUUUACUCAUUUCUUUUUUAUGUAAUGGCAGCAUGCCAAGAGGGGCUCAUACAAAGGGACAACUAUUAUUAGCAUAG